GCAUAUACAUACAAGAUGAGUUACAAACAUAAUGUUGGAUUUAUAGCUAGAGCUAGUAUAUACAAUGCCUAAAGCCAUUGAUAAACAAUGUUUCGGGCAAGAUGUGGGGGAAAAACACUUGAACUAAAACUUAAUACUAUUUAAGAUCAAAGCAUAAAUUAAGUUGAAAAAAGGGGAAGGGGGGGUGGAAACAUGGCAGAAAUCAACAGUUAUACAAGUUGGUCAACAAAUAGUAUUGUUUGAAAAUGCAAGACAAGGGUUGACAUUUAGGGGGUAAGGUUUGAUGCUACAAGAUGCCAAAUCUUCUUAAAGUUUGGUCGUUUGACAAAUCGCUUACUAACGAAGACAAAGAAGAAUUAUUGAAACAUUUUGGUGCUGUAAAUGUUAGACAUGUUUCCUGUCGGGGCCAAAAUGCAGCUGUACUUGCUAGCUUUAAAAAUGAGGAAGACUGUAAAUAUGCACUGCAGAAGUUGCACCAACUGGAAGUUUUGGGAUCAAGAAUUAUGGCCAUCUACAAGGAUUCUUCAUUACCUCCAUGCUCAGAUCAGCCCCACAGAUCCAAGGAGGAAACCAAGAUACAUGUACCAAGUCGCCAAGAAAGGAUAAGGCAGAAAAUAUGUGAUUUUGAGUCGCAAUUAAGUGCACUUGGACCAAAUAUAGGAGUGAGUCAUCCAAUACCACCAAAUUUAAGAUAUUUAUAUCCUCCGCCUUCACCAUCUGUUAUAGCCAAUAUAGCGCAAACACUUGUAGCUGUUCCCAAGUUUUACACACAAGUCUUACACCUAAUGAACAAAAUGAAUCUUCCCACCCCUUUUGAACCAGUUACUAAAAUCCCCACAGUAUAUACAAAGCUUUUAAACCUGAUGGGCUAUGAACAUAGCAUGGAAAAGAAUAUCUGUUCAAAAGAGAAUGACAAAAAUGCAAUUAAAGAAGGAUUAAAUUCAGAUACAGACAAUGAGAUGGAAGACAAAGAAAAUGAUAAAAGUGAUGAGCAGGAUACAUCAGAGGCAGAGUCUGAAUUAGAAAGUGAGGGGGACGGGUCAGUGAGUAAGCAACAGAAAAUAUAUCUACCUGUUAGACGGAAGCUCAGAUCCAAAAAUGUCUUUAACAAAAAGCCCAAACUGUCCUUGUUAAAGCAUACCUGUGUUUCCCAUCCUCGGAAUUCUGAAUCGGUUUCAGUGAAAGAUGUAUUCGAGGCUAGUGAAAGUCAUGGACCAAAAAAAUUGCAGUUGAGGCUAGAGGGAACAGUUCUCCCACAAGCAGAAGUAGAAGCAGAGAAAAAUGUUUCUCUCUCAGGAGGUUUUGGAAUGAUGACAUCAUCUGUAAACGUCAGAGAGGUGGCAGAUGAUAUGGUUGAAUGGAGGAAGGAAUCUUCAAAGUACAUAAGUAAAGAAGAGUUACAAGCCAACGUAGUCAACAAAGCAGAUUGGCCUUUGCUAACAGUUUUCAAGAAUUACCACCCAGGUGAACCAUCUACAAAACUAUAUAUAAAAAAUUUAGCCAAAACAACAAGUGAAGAAAAUCUGAAAUAUAUUUAUGGCCGCUAUGUAUUUUGGCAAAAUGAGGAAGAAGUUAGUGAGUUUUCCAUUCGUCUCAUGAAAGAGGGUCGGAUGAAGGGACAAGCCUUUGUAACAUUUCCAUCAGUAAAACAAGCAAUAGAAGCUUUAGAAGAUACCAAUGGCUUUAUCCUAAAUGAUAAACCAAUGGUUGUGGUAUAUGGGAAAGUUAAGACAGCACAGGUGACAAAUUAAUGUAAGUAAGUUACUAAAGAAAGUACUAAGCCAGUACCAUGAAGGCUAUACAGUACUCGACAUUAUUGCAUUCUGUUGCAGAAUAUUCAAGUUAUAGAUAGCAUUCAAGAUGCAAAGAUGAAAGUAGAAAUACAUUAGAUGAGCUAUAUGAGAGUUGAAGCUCAAUCUAUAUACACUGUAAUGAAUUUUGAAAUUGUUAUUUAGCAUAGUCAUUAAAUUCAACCAAAAGAAAUGACAUGACACUGAUAUACUGUAUUUCAGAAUGCAAAUAAACCAGAUUUAAU